GGAAGCGAAUCGGCGAGGGCCACCCUGCUGUUCUCCAUGGAGCAAGGGGUCAUACAGGGGUGGGUGGGCUUGGACCCCGUCGAGGAAGGCGUCAUCGCCGCAAGUCCUAAGCAGGGAGAUGUGGUCGAGAGCUGCAGGCUGCAGUGCCUGGCGCAGCGGCUCCUCACCACCUUCAGGGAGGCUGUCACGGUGGGCCUCGAGGGGACCAUGCUCUCCGCCGCACCCACAGACGUGGACGUUGAUGCCGGUGUGCAGUGGCUGCCGGACUCGGCGUUGGCGCCGCCACAUCUGCCCGCUUCAUCCUCUUCGCACGCCCAAGCCUCGAGGCGGCGACGCUCCCGAGAGACGCCGAUGCGACCGCCGUUGCCCCCUAGCGGCGGCGGCAAUCGAAGCGCCGCGAAACACCAUGGACAGGACAAAGGAGUCGGCAGCGGGGACGAUGGCAGCGUUGCCGCUGCCGUUGCCGCUGCCCGCUUGCCUCCCUCGGCCGUAUCUACCCAGCCAGCCCCUGCCCUCGCUCCCAGCGGAGAAGAGAAAGCGCCUCGCCAGACGCACCUGCGGCGGUCGGCGACGACCAAGACCACCACCGCCGCCGGCGAUCCGUUCUUUGGCAGCGGCGAGUGGGCCGCCGGGGGGUUUCCGGACCACCCAUUGCCGUCGGCGACGGCAGGCGCGCCCGCAGGCCCUGCGAAUGUCGAAUCACCGGCGGCGGCGGCGGCGGUCGGAGGGGCAGCUGCUGCUACCGCCGCCGCCUCCGCUUCCCCGGCGAGGUUCGGGAUGGCCGCGGUUGAGCUCCCCGACUCCCCGCUGUCAUUGUCCUCCGCGGUGACAAGCGGUAGCGGAGGCGGGCGGGAGGUCGUUGGCGGAGGCGGCACCGGUGGCCGAGAUACCGGUGUCGGCGGGUACUGGCGCGUCGACGGGCCCAGCGGGAGGCUGGUGGAAGAGUCUCCGUCCAGGGCAAAGGAGCGCGCUGCUCGGAGGUCGCUGAUGCGGGAGGCCGAUUCUCCGGGCAUCGCGUCCGUGUUUUCCAUAGAGGCAUCGGCAGGAAGCUUGUCUUCGGGAACCGUUGGAGGCGUUGAUGGCGCCGUAGCCGACGGCAUCGACGGCGGAAGCCUCGGCGGAAUAGCGGCGGCGGCGGCGGCGCACCAUCCUCUCCGACGCAGCUCGCUGCUGUCCGGGGACCGCGCCGUGUUCAAGCCUGUGGUGAACCGCAUCGGCUCUCUGGAGCUCCAGGUUCUCGCACACCAUGGCGCUGUCGAAAACAACGUGAUCAAGGUGGACCUCCCCGUCAUACAGGCCGCCCUCAACAGCCUUCAGCUCCGACUAGUCGCCACGGUGGUGUCCGAGGUCCUCGCGAGCCCUCUCCCGCCGGUGGUGCUCGCCAUGCUCAAGGCCACCAGGAGUAGCGCGGGGGCGACGGGGAAUACAGACUGGGGGAGUGGCCGGCGGAGUUCCGCCGCAGAUGGCGGUGGAGUGGCGGAGGGGAUGGAGGACGAUCCGGUGGCCCCGGGGAGUAGCCACGGUAGGAAUUGGCGGGGUAUGGGAGCGCGGGCGUUCAUGCGCCCGCCUACCACGGUGGCGAGCUCAUGGGCAACGCAACGCCAGGCCGACUGGGAAACCUUGGAGAUGACAGAGUGUACGAAAAGCGCGGUCAUGCUUGAGGAAGAACUGUCUAAAUUCUUCGAAAUUGAGCAGGGGGUCCCACAAGGUUGCACGCUGUCCUCAACAUUGUUUCAGGUGUUCAUCAACGAUCUGUCGGACGUCGUAGGGACAGUCAGGAAGGGAGUAAAAGUAGGGGACACGGAAACGUCAGUUUCAGGAAUGCUGUUUGCGGAUGAUUUGUCGAAGUUUACUGAUAAGUGGAGAUUGUCUGCCAACGUUAAGAAGAGUGCCGUCAUGGUAUGCAACGAGAACAAAGAGGAACCAGUAGAACAUAGACGAAAGUGGGAGUUCGAGGAGAUUGCAGUAGUGGACCAGUACACAAACAUCGGAGUAGAGAUCGCAAAAGACUGCUCGAAGUACAAGGUAGUGAAAGAACUCGAGGCGGCGCAGAUGAAAGCAGUGAAAAUCAUCCUAGGAUGCUCCAAGCGCCCAAGUAAUGCAGCCGUCAGGGCAGAAUUGGGGAUCCAAUCCCUACGGUCGGGAAGAGACGCGAGGAAGCUGACCUGGCAGUAUCGCAUGUGCGGGAUGGGAGAGGAGAGGUUGCCGAGGAUUGUAUGGGAGGAAAGUGGGCAAAACACAAAGAGGGGUACACAACCCACGGAAUGGGUCAAGGUUGUAGAGGACGUAUGGAAGGGGUUCGACAUCGACGAAGAUGAAACGCUGGAAACGGAGGCUUCGGCCAGGGGCGCUGCGGAGGGAGAGGGGGUACUGUGGUCGUCGUCUUCCGCUGCGUCCCCCCCGCUGAGGAACAAGGACAGCAUGUUGACCUCGCAGCAGCAGCAGGGCGACGCGAACGGUGGUGACGGAGGGGCCUCGUUUUUGUCGGAGUGGGUCAAUGCCGUUGACGAGGAGGCUUUGGCUUCUAGUCGCAGGAGUAUGUUGGCGUCGGAGCUCCUGCGGAAGGCCGUGCGUCUGCUCAAGCAGAAGCUGCAACAACGCCCCAAUACCCACCUCGUCUUGCACCUGAAGCGGCUCAAGCUGGAGCUGUGGCGCGACGAGAGUAGCACCCCGUUCCUACGGGCGGAAGUGCGGCGGGUAACCGCCGAUGUGAUGGUGUACGACGAUUCUUCGGGAAGCGUCGACCUGCAGGUGGGGUCUUUGUGGGCGAGCCAGGUGAGAGGAUGCGGCUACAGCCCGGCAGAAGCGGCGGCUGCUGCUGCUGCAGCGGAGCAACCACCGCCGCCGGGACCACCCUCGACACCCCUGUCGCCGACACAAACGGGCCGCCAGGGCAAGAAGACUCGAGGCCUCGCAGCGGCAGCUACAAAAGAAGAAGGAGAAGAACGCGGCGCCUCCGACUGGUGGCGCGCCGGAGAAUGGGGCCCCGCGGAUGCGGCAAGAGCGGGCCAGCAGACCCUCAUGGCCCUUGAGGUCGUGAAGCCGCUCCUGCGCCAGGACUUGGAGCGGCUGUCGGACCAGGCGAGGGAAUCUGCGAGGCUGGUCUCCUCGAGAAAUCACUGUGCACGUGCAAAUAAAACUGGGGUCUCCUAUCGGCGUGUAGAAAUGACCCUGGUUCGUCACUUCGAGGCGGCUGUUUUCCCGCUGGUGCUUCACCUUCGGCGGUCCCUUUUCACCGACCUAUCCGCCUUUUCUUCGGAGGCCGUGGCGGCUCUAUCGUCUGCCGGAACCGUAGAUUCGGGGGCGACGCAGCGUGAAGAGCAGAUCAAGGCGUCUUUCCUCACGUCGAGGAAGACCAAGACGAAGCAGGGUAGGUCCGGGCUGGGGCGAAGCCGCCUCCGACGCUCUUGGAAGGGCAAGAGUUCCUGUUCCACUUCUUCCGUCACCUCCGGGCUUCCUGCUGCCUCGCCUGCGGCUGGCUCUGGACGUGGCGGAAGGGCUCGGUCGGGGAACGUCGGCGAUGCCGGGGUGGACGAUUUACUCGAGAGUGGCCGUGUCUCGCAACACGGGUCUACAGCGGUAGCAGCAGCGACACCUGGAACUAAGGAGGAUGCUUCGACCCGGGAUGCCGACGAGGCGGGCGUGAUGGCCAAGCCCAUGGCUGUCAAGCACCUUCGACUCGGGGAGGUGAACGUCUUCCUGACUUACAUGGGGGACCGCUACCUAGAGCUAGAGGAUGUGGACAACGUGCACCUCAAGAUUCACCCCCUCGUCUACACGAACAAGACGUGGACCCCUAGGAAGCUUCUCUUCAGGAUGCGGAGAGACGUCAUACUCGAUGUGCUCUCUCAGGUUAGCCGCAAUUUUAACAACCUAGGGAACUUUCUCAACACGAGGGUCCUCAAGUCGGGGGCCGCCACAAGCACCUCGUCCUCGACCUUGAUGGCCGCGUCGGCUGCCUCCCGGCGCCCCUCGAGCGGUAGUGGUGCCGGUGCUGGCAUCAGUGGCCCGGGCAAGACCAACAAGCAAGCCUCUCCCUCGGCCGCCGCGGGAGGAAAGACGGGCGGCACCGGCCCCGUGUUCUUGCCCGAUCACUUUUCGGAGACGCCCGGCGGUGGUUCCUCUCGGUCAAUUUCUCUAUCCCCGCGCCCAGCACCGUCGCUGUCGCUCAAGGGACGGAAGCUUCUCGCGAGAAACUCAUCCGCGACGCCACCAAGGGCGACCGCACGUGCGGAGGCGGGGCGAGGUGGGAAAGCCGGCGGCCCUGCUGACAGAAGCGGCGCGGUGGCGGGGUCGAGCCGCUGGGUGGGGUGGAAAGGGUUUGUUUCUCCGCUUCCGCGCAGAGCGGGGGCUUCGCUCCUGGGACGGAUGGCCCUUGAGGCGGACGACGACGACGAUGAUGACAGCGGUCAGGACAACGGCAGCGACAGCGACAGCAACAGGGCUCACGACGACGUGUCGCCGAUCACGAUCGGCCCGGCAGCCGCGGCCGCGGCCGCCGCCGCCGCAGAAGCCCGAGCUCUCCGCGAACCACGUUCGACCGGACGCGGAACAGCAACCAUGACGGCUUCUUUUGCGCCGGGUAGCGGAGGGGGUGGCCAGCUACUCGAAGGCGGGGGCGGCUCGAUGGUGGCAGCGGCAGCGGCGGACGCGCGCUCACAGGCCGACGAACAUGACGCGAAGCUGCUCUUGUUCGGUCGGCAGUUGGGCGGGAGCCGCAGCGGGAGCGGCGGCGGCGUGGGUGGUGGAGGGGGUGGGGGCAAUGCCUCCGGCGGAAGGUCUUCGCGUCUGCCAUCGAGGAUCAAGAGGCUGGCGUUCUCAGGGAAGAAGGGGGCCGGCGAUGGGGGCGGCGGGGGGGUAGGAGGGACCGGCAAGAGUUGAUCGCAACGCUUGAUGGCGUGGGUUGUGUUUCCGUGUGACCCCCUCAGACUUGGCAGUGUUUCCUCGGUCCCCAGUAAGGUGUGAGUGUGUAUUGUUCGUGUUGAUGAAGCCUCGGUGCUGCUGUUGUUCGGUUGCGGUGAAACAUCUUACGCGGAGCGUUCCAAGGUCAAGCUACCAGCGCAGCGCUUCUUGGGUAAACUGCUGAUUGUGCUUACAUCGAGUGCAGUAACGUGAGUGAGCGCGCGCGUGGUGUGGUGGGAAAUUUUGUCGGGUUGUAAGGUGGGUACGGUCGUGGACAUUGUUGUACAGUUGGUCGUUUCAAGUGUGUGCGUCUUCCCCGUGUGUGGGUUUGCUAUGUGGUGUGACUGCCUUGACGUUGAACCUCGCAGUUGUACAUAAUGAUUUUUCUGUUCCCAGCGAGAGAUUGCGUGUAGUGUGGAUUUCUGGCCAUAUUGAAACAUCCAGUCUAGUUCCGCCCGCCCGGCUCUGCGGUGCGUGGUGCAGUCCAUCGGCACGGUGACGUCACUCUCGUCUGAGCUGCUCUUGC